AUGAAAGCGGGCCACCACCACCGAGGCUGUGCCUGCCAACAUUUGUUCCGUAAAGUCCUGGCCAAGUGUGGCUGCUGCUAUGCCCGGGUCAGAGACUCAUACUCAGCGGCGGGCAGCGAGGGUAGCAUCUCCACCUCCGUGGCGUCCCUGCCCCCGACCCUGACGGCGUCCAUUAGCUCCGCCCCCAACUCCCCGGGCUCGCGGCGUUCCGUCAGCACCCUGAAGAGGUGGCUGACCAAUCCUGUCCGCAAGCUGAGCGCCGGGGCCGUCAACAUCUCCACCAGCGCCAAGGGGGAGCGGCAGGACAGGAAGUUGGAUGGGGGAAGCAAGCCCCCUCCUAUUCCACCCCCACGCCACAGUCAUGACCUGGGCCUGGGCCUGGGCCUGGGCCUGGGAGGGCUGGGGCUGGCCAGCCCCCUGGGAUCAGAGGACCACCUCACCACUGUACUACCCAUCACACACAAAGAGAUGGAUACUCAGCCAACCAAUGUCUAUCCAGAUGACAACGGCUCAGUGUUGAUGGACGACACCUCCAGCCAAUCAUCAGCCGCAGCUGACAAUGAGGAGAGGAGGAGUGCCUUAGAGAAGAGCAUGCAAGUGGUUCACCUUUAAUUACACAACACAACACUGCCCUCACUACCCUUCGCUCUAAAACUGAUCCAAAGUUUGAUGUACAACACAGCAUU